AUGACAAAAUUUUCAGCCGAGCACCUCAUCAACGUUUUUAAAAAUCAAGUUAAAGCUAACCACAGAGCUAUGUUUGUAAUCGUUGGAGAAGAUCCAAAACAGCAGAUUCAUAUUCUUCAUGGAAAAUUGAACCAGAUCUCAAACUUAAGUAACGUUAUAUGGUGUUAUAAGAACAAGAACUCCGAAACGCCGUUGGACAAAGAAACAAAAAAAUUGAAAAAUUGUGAAAAUGACAAGGAACUUGAAAAAUGGGUCAAGACGUACAGCCCUGAAUAUAUUUCUUACAAGGAAAAUGGCAAAAUACUUGGCAAAACCUGUGAUAUACUAAUUUUACAAGAUUUUGAAGCUUUAACACCUAAUAUGAUGGCUUGUUCAAUUGAAACCGUUAGAGGUGGGGGCGCAAUUGUAUUAUUGUUGGAUUUAGAAAAGUCUAUUAAAGAGAUUGACACUUGGAAAUCUGAAUUAAUCACGCAAUCAGUCAACGAAAAGUUAAUUUCAAGGUUUAAUAAGAGGUUAUUUAAGAGCUUGGUGCAUCUUCCAUGUGCAAUGUUCUUAGAUUCGAACUUAAGAGUAAUUGAUAUCACCAGUGAUAAUAUCGAGAAUAAUAAAGUCUUGAUGGAAAAGGAAAUACAAACAACGAGUGAUAAGUGCAUAAAUUACAACAGUACCUUGUUCAGGAUGUGUAAGACCAAAGACCAAAUAUCUGUCUUGACUUCUCUUGUGUCACAUUUGGAUAUUGACGAGCCUUCAGUAAGUUCUGUUAUUGCUGAAAGAGGUAGAGGAAAAUCAGCUGCGCUGGGUCUUGCAAUUGUUUGCGCCAUUGAAAAGAACUUCCCUCUGAUUUUGAUAUCAUCGCUAUUUCUCGACAAUGUUCAAGCAAUAUUUGAAUUUAUUAUCGCUGGAUUAGAUGCUUUGGAAUACAAAAAAAUGAAAGAUUACAAAAUCAGGUAUACUUUUGAAAGCAAAAAACGCCUGAUCAACAAAAUAGAAGUCGUUAAAGAUUAUAGAAGAACUGUUGAGUUUGUACAGUCCUUUGAAGAGCCAAAAGCUUAUCCAAAUCUACUUGUGAUUGACGAAGCUGCUUCUAUUCCCUUAUUAUACCUCAAAAAAUUACUUAGAUGUAAGGCUAGUAUUCAUGGCAUCAACAGCCAAUGGCUACGAAGGGACUGGCAGGAUUUUCCGAACAAAGCUAACAGAAUACAUUAA